AUGGCAUCAUCCAUACCUGUUGACGCUGUCGAAAGAGCCGCAGUAUCAUCAGAAACCACGGACGAGAACGAUUCUUUGAUUCCUGACACAUCCGCGACUUCAUCAGCGUUGCCUUCUGCUGAGGUUGCUGCUGCCACACAGGUAUCUUCGUACCAGAGAGCACUUCUACAAUUCCUUUCCGAGCACAAUUGUUGGAUACCCGAUCCAUUGGACGACGAAUCAAGUCGUAGAGCGUUUCUACGAUUCCUUGCGGAGCACGAUCCUUCGUUUCAUCAUGCAUCAGAUAAUUCAUUAGUAUUAUCAGCGUUGCCUUCUCUCGACCCUGUGGUAGCUGUUGAGCAGUCGAGUUCACCAAAUACAGUGUCCGACAAUGAAUCAAGUCAAGAGCUAAACCCAGAGAACUUACAAGGCCAAACGAAUGAUGGUGAUGAUGACGAUUCCAAUGAUAUGUUUCCUAUUUUCCGAGUCAAUCUGGAUCCGAAUCCUACGCCUGACUCGACACCCCUAGUGGCAACUUCCGGUCUUUUACAGCCGUCUAUGACAUCCAGAGGCCGAUCAGCCGAUGAUGAGAGGGGCCCUAAUGCUACGUCCAAUGAAGAUCUUAUCAUGAUGGUGAACACAUUCUUUGAUCAUAUGGUGUCUAAUUCUCAAAAUCAGAGCUCCGAGAGUGCGGGUCAUGUCUCUGCUGACUUGUAUGAUGAGGACGGUGUCUCUGUGUCUGUUGAUUCAUACGAUUAUGAAGAUGAGGACGACGAACCCUUCGACUUUGCGGCAUCGUCCUCGGACGAAGAGUCGUCAGUGGAGGAAUCCUCCGAAGAAGAAUCUUCCAAUGACGACAACGACGAAGAUGAUAGUGUCCAUACAUCUGAGUUUCUAUGGGAGCGCAACACCUCAAAGCCCUAUUUCGGAAGUCGUCUCUUUCAGCAUGACCUAUUGGAAGCCAAAUUUCCAUUCUUGAGAAAUGACCAAGGUGCCAUUGUCGCCUUGGGUGACGAAUGGGAUUCCUUUUUAUAUUGCGGGCGCAGAUUGGGAAGAACCGCCAUUCCUCACUCCGAUGGUCGAUGCGGACCCAACAAUGGACCGCAGUGUCCUUCGUGUCAACGACUUCAGACCAACGAAAAAUACCAGAUCCUCGAAAUCAUUUUUCCAUCUUUGGAUCGCAAUAUUUUGACAGCGGCCUUGAGGAAACGGGGUGGCAAUGCCUUUGCGGCCUGUCAGUUCUUGGAAUCCUCCUUUGAUGGAUUGCAUCAAGUUCCUUCCGAAAUUGCCUUUCCUGGCUCUCGACCGGAUGGCAUACCGGAACCUUGCUACCCUGUCUCAGAUUCGGAUGCCCAUAAUGUUGUCGGCUUUUUCGAUGGCAGCAUUUCCCUGGCUACCGCCAAGAUGGCCUUACGAAAGAACGAACACAAUCUAGAGCAAGCGGUCACGUACAUAUUGGACAAAUCGCCGCUAGAAUUGGUAAUAGAAACCUCUCAAGACACCGGACGAGUUUCGGAAUACGAAGAUGCGGUACUGCAGUUCCAAGUAAAACGACGAGAAAUCAUUCAGGAGGUGGCACUCAAGCUAUCAUCUCCAGACGCGAUUCCACAAGAAUUGAACGUUUUAGCCGAGACAAUGGUUCCAGAGAUGGAUUCGGGCAAAAUCAUUCCUUGUGCCAUCGAAGAUGGUCACGGUAUGGUCCAACCAGCUGCAUCUGAAUCCAUCAAGUGUAUUGUCUGCGCCUUGUCAGUUGGCACCAAGUAUGCUGGAAGUUCCUACUGCCCACAGUGCAAUCAUUGCGAGGGAUGCAUCCAAACCAAGGUUGUCUACAAGUGUCCACGUAUGGGAAACGGUGGACAUUUGCAUUUCUGCCCAUUGCAACCAGUGAAGAUUGGACCCGAUCGAAAAGGAUACAUUUGUGACAUUGAUUCAAAGGGAUGUUUGCAUUCUGAAAAUCACAAUAUGAGCUACUAUUGCCAGGAAUGCAACUUUGAUGUUUGUGCGGUGUGUAUUUCGCAACCAGCCCCAGUGUAUUAUCAUCGGAGGUUGGGAAGAAUGAUACAAUUGGACGAGGAUGAUGAAGAGCUUUUUUCCGAGGAGGAGGACGAAGAAGAUGGCGAGGAAGAAGACGAGGAGAUUCCGGAAGUAGAAGUAGAUGAAGACGAGCCGAGGGUCCAGAGCAACAGCCACAUCCCUGAGACUCCCUUCGAGAGAGAAGUAAGGCGAAGGAGAGACACUACUGCCGCGGCUGAUACCCGUAGAAGACCAGGAACCACCAACGAGGAGUCAAUGCAAUUGAACGAUCAAGCCGAUUUUUCUGUGGUGCCAACAAGCGAUCCAAAUACAAUUGUUCGGGCGGAGAAUGAGCAAGAUACCUCACAAGAAGCUACUACGGCACAAACGGACGAACAACCUGGGGCUAUUUCCUUGUUACCAACAAAAGAUUCAACAGCAACUGCUCCAGUAGAGCACCAAGCCGAUACCUCGCAUGACGCUACCCCUGCAGAAAUUGCUGAACAAUCUGAAGCUCCUUCCGUAGACCCAACAAUUGGUUCAACGCCAGCCACUCCAGCAGAGAAUCAACAAGUUGCGGCAGAAGAAGCUACUCCGGCAGAAAUCGACGAGCAAUCCGAAGCUUCUUCCGUGGCACCUGAUUUAACACCAACUUUUCCAGCAGAAAAUCAACAAGUUGUCUCGCAGGAAGCUACUCCUGCGGAACCCGUUGAGCAAUCGGAAGCUGCUUCCGUGGUACAAACAACUGAUUCAUCACCAACUGAGGAGCCGAAGGAGUCCAAACCUAUGUUUGAUCUGCACGAACGAAUCGCAGCAUCGCGGUGGGGAGCAACCGAAGAGGAGGAAGAUAAUGCAGUGGAAGUCAUCAUUGGUAGCGGGGAUGUUCGCUCUAAGGAGCGUCGUUUGAAGCGCAAGCAAUCGUCAACCUUGGAAGACGCUCCACCCAUGCGACAUAACCGACCAGAGACAUUACUGACUUCCAAGUUUGCCACAGCACUCCAAAACUACAUAUGCAAGGAGUGUCCAGCAGCUUCGAAUGUGCAUCAUGUGGAGUCUCUGCUGCACAUUGCUCAAGGAAAUGAUAAAUGCUGUCCUAGUGAAGCUGUCUGCCAGGCUGUUGGUGCUGGGAAAAUGGGCAUUGCAGGAACUUGCCUCUUGGCGCCGAUCUAUGGUGCGAAGCAAAAGAAAACAGGUGAAAUGAGAUGCUUCUGUGGCGAUCUUAUUGACUCGAAGACUGCUCCCGAUGGUGCUGUCGGCUGCCUCAAUGGUCAUGCGCUUCAUCCAAGCUGCGCAGCGGACUAUUUACUGAGUGGAGGAAACUGCCCUACAUGUAGAGAGCCUCUGUUCUUUCCGAAGGUCGGCAAGGCUGAAGCUGCUGCUGCCGAGGAAUACUUGGAAGCUGAGCUUCAAAGACGGCGAAAGGAAGAGGAAGAAGCCAUUCGAAAAGAACAAUUGGCCAAUGGGCAAGUCUUCAAUGUCAAUGACAUUGUUCGGGUAUCUUCUGACGUGAAACUUUGCAUGAAAGAACUGAUGGCAAGUCCUGGAAAGACUGGAUGGACACCAGAAAUGGAUAGCUUCUGCGGUUCCAUUGGAAGAAUCACCGAGGUGGAAGAGGGAAAAGUAAAAAUACAAAACCAAGAACUACAGCAUACCUUCUAUUUGCCAAGGACGGUAGUUCUAUGCCGAAAUUGUAGUGGGAAAGUGGGAGCAAAAGACGGAGAUCCUCCCGUAGAUGAAGGGAACAAGGGGCUUUGUUUGUUCUGCAAUCAAUGUAAUGAAUGCUGUUCCAAGGAUGACUUGAUUUGUACUAAGUCGUCGGUCAAACUGAACUGGACACCUUCAACCGUGUCGUUGAUUGGUAGGGCUACUUCUGCAGCAUUGUGGGACAAGUCCCUUGUCGAUAAGGAUCUCGCGACUGCUGCGGCUGCAGAGCAGCAUAUUAUUCGCUUGCGAGCCGAAAUGAACGCCGUUACUACUGCUCGGGCAGCUGUUCAAGACGCCCUUGGAAAUAUUAAGGGCGCGCCAUCAAUCAAGGCGCUUGAUGGUUUGAAGGAAGUUGUUUCACCAUUUGAUUUUCAAAGAGCUCGCCAUUUACUUGGCCUAAUGGAUCACUGGGGAGACAGCCCAUCGAUGAUGAAAGAUAAGAAGGCUAUUAUGGAAACGCUUCGAAAGGGCGACAUUGACACCGCUGCAAGGCAGAUUCGACACCACAAUGCUGCUUUGGUAGAGGAUGCUGCGAAAUGGAGGUAUGCAUCAUCGGACCAUCAUGAAUAUGUUGUAGAGUCUUGGGCAAAGAUCAAUCUGGUGGCUUGGCCAUCCUUGUCCGCUCCAAGAACCGGCUAUUGCCUAGGACCAAGUGUUCGGUUCCGAAGCAAGGAGGAAGAGUUGGAUUCUGACGGAAAUAUUUGGCUCCUGGUGGAUGAAAAUUCAUUGAUUUUGCCUCAAUUCGUCAAUGGGAAGCAGGUUCUGGCAAAUCCAAAAGACAUUUAUGCCUACAAAAAUCUGGUUGGCUGCCAAGUAAUUCCUGGUCCCAAAUGGAACAAUGAUCGUAUUGAAGGAGUCGGAACGAUCACAGCAGUCAGUGGCUCGAGUAUCCGUGUCAAGUUUCCUCGGAGCGACUCCCAUUCUUGGUAUUAUCCAACUGAAGACAAUGGAGCAAACUUGCUAUUUGCAAAUCCACCAGCACCUCAAGGCUGGCUGUGUAUGACGCCUCGACAAGUUCCUGUUGUGAGGCGUGGGAGAGAUGCUCUGCAAUGUUUUGCUUGUGGAGAUGGCCUCCUUCCCGAAGAGACGACUGCACAUGAAAGCAUUCAGUUGGUACAGAAAGACGACGAAAUCAAAGUUGGCCAAACACUUCUGGUUGCCGCUACUUUGGAACCAGUCCAGGUGAAAUCGGUCGAGAAUGAGCACGUUCAAUGCUCGUUUGCGAACCAGGACUCGAAGCGUUCCAUCAGCGUCAAGUUUCGCCGAGAUGACUUGCUUCAUCCUUGCAGUGCUACUGAGAAUACGGAAGAGAAGGUGUCCAUUGGUGGUCGUGAAAGAUGCCGACAAGAUGUGUUCAUGAAGCAUGGCAGUAUUGCGGAUGCCAAGGCUGCUUGGAAUGCCGCCAAAUCAUCGAAUGGAAACCCCAGUGGGACUGAAUUGCUCACUUCUAGCUACGCAUCUUGUGUCAAGGGCCAUUUGUUGCACGCAAGAUGCUUGCAGGAAGCUCUUAUUGCAGGCAAGAAGUGUCCAUUCCUUGGAUGUAACGAGCCGCUUUGGGCUCCCAAGGUCAAACGCCUUCAGCCCGAUAGCGAUGCAUGCUGUGGAGGAAAUUCUGCGACCACUGACGUGGCUGCGGAUGACAACAAUAACAAUACUGUAUCCGGAACUGAAGCGGUAGCCCGGGCUCGAAAUGAGAACGAAGAAGUCGAUUACCACAUGGAUCGGGAGCUAAAAAUGUGUCCCGCCUGCUUUUCAGGUCCAUUAUUGAAUCAAAACUGCAAUGAUAUGGAAGCCCAUCAUGGACAAUGUGUCCAUCAUGCCUUUGGAAAUGACGACGAAAAUCCCUGCUACUUUUCUGCAGAUGGCUCGGACAUUGCAUCCAGCCUGAUGCAACUUUCAGGUGACAAAAAGGUUGUGGACGUUUUACCACGAUGUCCUACUCAUCACUGCGUGAUUAUGUUUAGUGGAUGCAUGGUAUGUGGUCAUUUGUUCAAUGAGACCAGUUGGUCCGACUUGCCCAAAUGGGAUCCUUGCGCCAAGACACUUUUGGACGUGGACCGCAAAAAGCGAAAGGCUGCUGCCUCUUUGGUUUCCGAAAUCACACGCGAAGCCGCCUUGCUGGAAUACGAACGCGAUGCCGUCGACAGCUUGUGGUCGACAAAAGGCAAUGAUGAAAUCCAACUUCCUCCCUUGCCUCCACCGGCCAUGGGAUUUUCCGAUGCUAUUUCGGACAGCGAGAGUGACAGUGAUGAAGACAGCGACUAUUAG